AUGAAUCCAAAGCUCUGGCUGGCAACCGUGUUUGUGAUGUCCCAGAUUGGUAUACUCAACGCUAACAGGCAGUGUCAUGUAAUCGAAAGCUCCAUUGGUGGAAUGAGCCUGAGAGGUCACGUGUUUAAAAUGUAUCGCGAUCAGUUGCCUGACGAGUGUUUUCACCUGUGUGAGGAAGAAGUCACGUGUCAGAGUUACAAUGUCGUCAUUGGUCAAAACAUCUGUGAAUUGAACAAUCGUACAAAGGAAGCACGGCCGGAAGAUUUUAUGCCGGAUCAGAGGAGAUUUUACAUGAAGCGUUCUAGAAACAGAGGUACCCUUUACGUUCCCUCGACUAACUUUUUGCAUUUGCGUUUCUGGGAAAACUUGUUUUUUAAAUUUUUCAUUCAUGAUUACAGAAAACUCAGAUUUCAGAGAAACAAAAUUCAUAUAUUUAGAUAUAUUCCUAUGGCGAGCCUUUUGAUGAUUCAAUUUCGGGGAUUGUUUCAAUAUUGGUAAAGUAUUUCAAAAUACAGAGACAAGUCAAAAUUAAAGAAACCACGUUUUGGAAUCAUCGUCUCAUCAACGUCAUCUUGGGAAGAUAAUAUUUGACUGAAUUAUGAAGUCAAGCAACUCUUUUCCUUAGUCACUUAGAAAAUGGUUUGACGAUGAUACGGAAAUGUUGGCUUGUUUCGCUGCGUAAUUGUUGCUGUCUUCCAUCUCAUUUCUUAGUCUAGAUCUGAUAGAAUUAGCAAAGUUUUUAUUUCUUUCUGCUUUCACGCAGGCAGGAAAAGGUAGGAGGUUUUUUCCUCUCCUGUCGAAUCAGGAGGUAUCGAACUGCAUGAUGGUGUAGAUUCUUGCAUGAAAUUUGUUUUUUUCUGACGUAGUUCCCCUCGGAUCCAUCAAAGAACUUCCGGCGAAAACCUGUGGUGAGAUUGAAGCGAGUGAAGGGAACCAGAUGGCUGACGGGAAAUACUGGAUUUACUCUGAAGAGAAUAGCGAGGUCAUCGAGGCCCAUUGUAAAGGUAAAUUGUCUGAUUAAAUUAGUGGACUAAUUCAUCACCCCACUGCCUGCUUAACGCGUUCUCCUACUCCGACUUCUUUUUUAAACUUACCAAAAUAAUAUCUCGUCGCAGUGUUUCUGCAAAAAAGGGUAAUUAUAGAGAUGAAAGGUUUCUUUUCAGUAAUUCAAAUAGAACUAUAAACUCCGAGAAGAAGAUUAGACAAUGACAUGAAUUGUUCUUUCCCUUAUACAAAAUUGUUUUAAUGACGAAUGGGAAUAGAUUAAAACAACUAUCCAGAUCACGACACCGAAAAAGAUAAUGGUUUACCUUUUUUAUUACUGGAAUUUAUCCUGCAAAUGGCUGUUAGCCUAAUACCAUUCGAAAAUGCAUUGGGUGAUUUAAAUACAGUUUAAUUAACUUUCAAAACUAUCUAGCUAUCUUAUUACUAUAACUUAGAGAGCUGGCAGAAGAUAAAUGGUGAAGAACCCGUCUGCUUUGGAACCAAAAAUAAUCAGUAUGGUUCCUUCAACAUGAAAAAGAGUGGACGAGUGAAAACAAUGAAGCUUAUUCACAGGUCAGGGUCGGUGCACUGCAACGAUAAAUCUAUCUUAUCCUACUGGGGCUGCAUCAACCCAAGAUAUGGAGAAAAUUUGAUGACAAUCAUCACAGAUACCAAUAAGAAGACCAUUCUGCCCCCUGCCGAAGACUUGAAAGCUUUACCUUCAGGUGCUUUUGGAAACAAACCACACUUUUACAGUCUUCCUGGAUAUUACCGUACCAUAUCUGCAACCAGGAGAUGCAGAUAUGGUACGGACAGGAUUGGGUGGACGGCGGAGAGGAAGACAACAGCGGUGAAACUUGUGUUGAUGUGUAUGCAUGGU